AUGACUAUGAACUCCACAAACAGAUUAAGAUCACUGUUUAACGUUUCACACUGGAAUCAUGAGGACGACUCGUGGAUUUACAAUCGGACCCACUUCAGGGAUUUCUCCUCACUGUUCAAUGUACAUUUUAAGGAGCCUGCCUUUAAAGUACCUACAAUUGAUGUGAGCACCCUGAACCAUAAACUCACGCCGUUGUCCACCUGGUGGAUAUCACCUUGUACCGUCGUUGUUUGGUGUUGUUUAAUGAUGGUGUGCGCACAAAAAAAUAACAGUGACAAUGGAUCUUUCAGAUUGUUAGACAACUCAGAAUGUUCACCACAGAGUGACAGCCAUUCAGAUUUACCGAAACCAUAUUUUGAGUGCGUCUCCAACAAUGAUGAGGUCAUCAAUAAAAAUUCCGAUGAUAACUCUGAGGAACUACCUCCGCCUUAUUCCACAUGCCUUGAAACAUUAAACAAUACAGAUGAAAUACCGAAGGUACACAAAGGGCAGAGUGUGGAAGAACUGCAGUCUCGUACUGAUGCAGAGGUGCAUCUCAACAAUACAGCAGAUGCAGUCAGAAGUACUAUUGUACAGAAUAGUUCUGAUGACGUGACAUUAAGAGUAGUUGAAACAACGAUAGAUAUCGAUAUCGACGAUCGACUUGCAUCCAAUCAGACUAAAAUGAAUUAA